AUGACGUCCAAGCGUAACUAUGAAAAGCGUAACUGUGAGAAGCGUAACUGUGACAAGCGUAACUAUGGCAAGCGUAACUGUCACAAGCGUAACUAUGGCAAGCGUAACUGUGACAAGCGUAACUAUGGCAAGCGUAACUAUGGCAAGCGUAACUGUGACAAGCGUAACUACAAGUGUAACUGUGACAAGCGUAACUAUGACAAGCGUAACUGUGACAAGCGUAUCUAUGAAAAGCGUAACUGUGAAAAGCGUAACUGUGCCGAGCGUAACUAUGAAAAGCGUAACUAUGACCAGCGUAACUAUGAAAAGCGUAACUGUGAAACGCGUAACUGUGACAAGCGUAACUAUGACAAGCGUAAAUAUGGCAAGCCUAACUGUGACAAGCGUAACUAUGAAAAGCUUGACUAUGACAAGCGUAACUAUGACAAGCGUUACUAUGACAAGCGUAACUGUGACAAGCGUAACUAUGAAAAGCGUAACUAUGAAAAGCAUAACUGUGAAAAGCGUAACUGUGACAAGCGUAACUGUAACAAGCAUAACUAUGACAAGCGUAACUAUGGCAAGCGUAACUGUGACAUGCGUAACUAUGGCAAGCGUGACUAUGACAAGCGUUACUUUGACAAGCGUAACUGUGACAAGCGUAACUGUGACAAGCGUAACUAUGAAAAGCGUAACUAUGACAAGCGUAACUAUGACAAGCGUAACUGUGACAUGCGUAACUAUGACAAGCGUGACUAUGACAAGCGUAACUAUGACAAGCGUAACUAUGACAAGCGUAACUAUGACAAGCGUAACUAUGACAAGCGUGACUAUGACAAGCGUAACUAUGACAAGCGUAACUAUGACAAGCGUAAUUAUGACAAGCGUAACUAUGAAAAGCGUAACUAUGACAAGCGUAACUAUGAAAAGCGUAACUGUGAAAAGCGUAACUGUGAAAAGCGUAACUAUGGCAAGCGUAACUAUGACAUGCGUAACUGUGACAUGCGUAACUAUGACAAGCGUAACUGUGACAAGCGUAACUGUGACAAGCGUAACUGUGAAAAGCGUAACUGUGAAAAGCGUAACUGUGACAAGCGUAACUGUGACAAGCGUAACUGUGAAAAGCGUAACUGUGACAAGCGUAACUAUGACAUGCGUAACUAUGACAAGCGUAACUAUGACAAGCGUAACUGUGACAAGCGUAACUAUGACAAGCGUAACUGUGAAAAGCGUAACUGUGACAAGCGUAACUAUGACAAGCGUAACUAUGAAAAGCGUAACUAUGACAAGCGUAACUAUGACAAGCGUAACUAUGGCAAGCGUAACUGUGACAUGCGUAACUAUGGCAAGCGUGACUAUGACAAGCGUGACUAUGACAAGCGUAACUAUGACAAGCGUAACUGUGAUAAGCGUAACUAUGACAAGCGUAACUAUGAAAAGCGUAACUGUGAAAAGCGUAACUGUGAAAAGCGUAACUGUGACAAGCGUAACUAUGACAAGCGUGACUAUGACAAGCGUAACUAUGACAAGCGUAACUAUGACAAGCGUGACUAUGACAAGCGUAACUAUGACAAGCGUAACUAUGACAAGCGUAACUAUGAAAAGCGUAACUGUGAAAAGCGUAACUGUGAAAAGCGUAACUGUGACAAGCGUAACUAUGACAAGCGUAACUAUGGCAAGCGUAACUGUGACAUGCGUAACUAUGGCAAGCGUGACUAUGACAAGCGUGACUAUGACAAGCGUAACUAUGACAAGCGUAACUAUGACAAGCGUAACUAUGACAAGCGUAACUAUGACAAGCGUAACUAUGAAAAGCGUAACUGUGAAAAGCGUAACUGUGAAAAGCGUAACUGUGACAAGCGUAACUAUGACAAGCGUGACUAUGAUUAG